AUGGAUUCAAGCGUGGAACUAGUGCCAGAGGCUCCUCAGCCGCCACCUCGGCAGCUGCUCUCACCUUGCCAAUCACUUAAGCCUAUCGAUGGCAGCUCAGAUAAACUUGCUUCAAACGAUGGCGAAGCCGAGGAUUUAGGACCGCAUAACGAUGCUAUUCCUACCAGCGAUGAUCAUGAUGAUUCGAUAUCGCUGCUCCACGUGCAAGGCAUUCUCAAACAGGAGCCCUCUGUGGGAUCCUCUCUAUUCGCAAAGGACAGUCAAGAUAUCAUGGAUGGUAGCCAAAUGGUGGAGAAUAACAUUGGCGGGGCGGAAAAUCACGAUAAAGAGGACAGUCAUGCCAUGAGCGAUAAUCACAUCGUGGAGGAUGGCUAUGCAAUGAAAGAUGACCAUACCACGGAGGACGAGGAGCAGCAAACGCUACAAGCAUUCGAACCCGAGGCAAACUCUGAAGAGGAUACUUUACCGACAGUAGAUAUUAUCGCUGCCCAAGUGUUGGAUAAUCUCCAAUCACAAAAGUUCGAAGAAUCUGAAGACAGCGAUACAGAUGUCGCCGAAGAAGACGAAGGUUCUGAAUACGACGAUGAAAGCAGCACCUCUUCGAAUAAUGAGUGCGAGCGCGAAGUUCCACCACGAAACUCCGACUCAGCCACAGAGAAGAAGAGCAACAAGCCUCGACGAAAAUUGGCCUUAACAGCACGAGAAUACGCUACUCGAUUCCAUGAGAAAGACGAUAAAAAGCUCGCUCAGAAAAAGGAGGACGACGGAAAGCCGUCAGCCGCAAAACGCUCGCACAAGCGCAAGCGCAAGCUCGCUGGAAACGAUUCAAGACCUUCCAAGGCUCUGAAGACGGCAAGCGGAAAUACUUUUGUCAUAUCUGAAGGUUUCACUUCAACCUCCAAUGAUCACCCAUUACUUCCUGCGCAGUCUAUCGAAGCUAAGACUCAUGCAGAUCAAAUGGCUCAAAUCAUGGCCGGAAUACCUGAAAACUGCGAUAUAAGGCGAAAAACAACGCAGAAAAAAGAUCUGCAAGAGGCGAAAAGCAUAUUCGGCUACAAAAGAAUUGAAGCUGAUAACGGCAAUUGGAAGCUGAAGGGAAUGCAAGCGUCACUUCGCAGCCACCAACUCACAGCCGUUGCUUGGAUGCUCAAGAGAGAGUUGGCUCGAGAUAAACCAUUUGGCGGAAUAUUGGCUGAUACCAUGGGAAUGGGCAAGACAGUCAUGAGCCUCGCCUGUAUUCUUGGUAAUCCAGCGGACGAUGAGCAUAUCGCCAAAUUUUGCAAAGCGACUCUUGUCGUUGUGCCCAGCAAAGAAAUCGCCUUGCAGUGGGAAGCAGAAGCGCAGGUAUGGAUAUUGAAACAAACCCACAUUGGAAAGUAUUCUAGCUAA